AUGGAGGGAAUGAUGAUACGGUGCCAGUGGUCACCGAAAAUAUUAAGAGGAGUGAUUGCCGAAGAAGUAGGGAAGGCAAUUGAGAAUAGUCUAUCUGGUUUCAUAGACAAAAUCCAAAACACGGUGCUUAAUGUGGUCGAGGAACGAAUUCAAAGGUUGGAAGAAAAUGCCAACCAAACUAUGGAAAAGUCCGGAGAACGGAAAGGUUGUUCAUACAAGGAGUUCAUGGCGUGUAAACCGCCAAUUUACAAUGGGGAGGUUGACCCGAUAAUAUGCCAAAGGUGGCUAAGUGAUAUUGAGGGAGUGUUUGAAAGGACCCACUGUGACGUAAGCGAUUUUGUAGCUUACGGUACGGGUCAGUUAAGAGGUCAAGCCAAGGACUGGUGGGAUAAUAUGAGGAAGGAGAUUGGGGCUGAAGCUACAAGGGCUAUGACUUGGGAUGAGUUUAAGGCACCAUUCCUUAAACACCAUAGCCCUAAGGUGGUCAUUAACAGAAUCAAGGAGGAGUUCAUCCAGUUGAGACAAAAGGGUGAAUUGAUAGACAAGAUUACGGGCAUCUUUCUAGAUAAAUUAAGGUUUUGUGAUGAGCUUGUGACGAAUGAGGAGCAGAAAAUAUAUUAUUAUUAUAAUAUGUUAAGUGCUGAAUAUCGGGAGUUUAUGACUCCUUCCAAGUAUGAGACGCUCACCGAAAUCAUAAAUACGGCUCGGGAAAGAGAAAUUGAACUCAAAAAGCAAAUUGAACGAGGCGAACGAAGGGCAAUAGAUGUUAACCCGAGCCCUACAAAGAAGGCUCGAACAACUGAGUCGGUAAAGAAGACGGAUGCGAAGGGUUGA